UCUAAUUAUGUUACAUAUCAGCUGGAGAAGAAAAGAUAUGGACUCAUAUCUUAUGAGAUGGUUCUCGAUUUAUACCAUCUUCAUAUCGUUUUACUUCAUCUUGAAUUUCUAUUGGCACACACAAGACUUGGAGAAUAAUCUCACGAAUCUAUGUAUCAUAUGUAGGGAAUUAUCAUCGAGAGAUCAAAGUAUCAAUGAUAAUACUUCAAAGAUAACAAUACUAUGUUUUGUUCUCGAAAUAUUUUUCUUCGUUCUCAUGAUGGUCGCUGAAUUGCUUAUGGUUGUCAAAAAUGACAUUCAAUUCGAUUGGAGUGUUUAUCCUAUGAUUCAUUCUGCUCGCCUUUUCGAUAUUCUGUUUCAAGCAUUUUAUCUUCACAUAAGUGUAAAGAGACUAAUAUUGAUGAAGACCAUUCUCCACUUCUGUAAGAAUACUGAUGACUUCGAAAACGUCAGAGAUAUUGUAGAUGUUCGGUUUAAAUUGAACAGAAACAACCAAGAUUUUAUCGAUUUUUUCGCAGGAUCCAUAAUCAUCAGAUGUGGGUUUUCGGCAUUCAGCAUAUUGUUGGAUAUUUACUCAGCUUUUCAGUUAUUUGUUUCCAAAGAUACAUACGAACCUAUAGCCUCAGGGUUGAUACUUUCUUCUGAUUUAUUGGUACAGAUCUUCACAGUUUCGAUAUUCAUUUGUUUCGGCAUGGGCUUUGCUGACAAGAGUAAAGAAACUGUGGAAGUUAUAAAUGAUAAACAAAGAAAAUUAGGAAGGAAUAAUUUGCCUUAUAAAAGUAUGGAAUUGUUCUUACUGAAUUCUAAACUCAACCAUUUGGACGUAUCAGUAGGUGGAUUUUUUCCUUUGAAUUGGACACUUAUUUAUUCGAUGGUGUCUUGUAUAUCGACUUACCUCGUUUAUCUUAUUCAAUUCAGAGAAGUAGAAAUGCAGAAGAAGAGUGACUGAAAACGAAUUCACAUGCUCAAGUCAUUCGCAAAAGCUCAACUCUUAUAUUUUUCCAAUUGAUUUUGAUAUGUUGCACCCAAUUGGAUAAUAGUUAUUAAAUUGGAAAUAAAGAAUAGUGAUUGUUAC